GAAGGGCAGUCACUCGACGGGGUGAGUGGUGGCACUCUGGAAAUUCACUGCCUAUGCCUUUAUGACCAGUUGAUGUGCAAACGUUUUCUAGUGGACGCAGGGGCAGAUGUGUCUGUUGUCCUUGUGCCGUGUAACCAGGCAAACCGAUCACCCAAGAAACUGCAACUCUUCGCAGCUAAUGGGACCACAAUAAAUACAUACAGCCAAAAGUUGUUUAAAUUAGAUCUAGGUCUCAAAAGAGCUUUUCACUGGCCUUUCAUUCUUGCAGCAGUCUCUCAACCUAUUAUCGGAGAUGAUUUUUUGCGCCAUUUUGGACUACUGGUAGACAUCCACUGCAGCCGUCUUGUAGAUCCACUAACACAGAUGAACUCUAAAGGCAAGAUUAUGGCCGGACCCCUAACCACCAUUAGAUCUGUGGGGAAAGAUACGCCAUUUCAUCAGCUCUUGGCAGAGUUUCCCAAGCUGACAGAGGUUUCCACGGCACCCCACCUUGUCCGACACAACGUACAGCAUCAUACUGAAACCAAGGGACCCCUAGUUUUUUCCAGACCUUGAUGUUUACCACCUGAUAAGUUAAAAGCAGUGAAACAGGAGUUCGAAUUUCUAGUUGCACAAGGCAUCUGCCAUCCCUCAAAGAGUAGUUGGGAGA